GGUCCGUCAGUUCGUCAGUGACUUAGUGCCGGAGCGCCAGAGUGGCGCCGUGCACAUAUACCGGUUCAUCCGGACCGGCCCGCUACUUACCAUUCUUUCUGUGAUAUAAUCCCCAUACUUGACUUUAAAAAUUUGUCGUACUUAUUAUUAUUACGUAAACGUAUUAUAAAUAAUGAAUGGAACUUCGAUUUCAUCAAAAUUGUGAAAUAAGACGUGAUCUGGGCGACAUUACAGUGUGGUCAAUUUUCGUGGAAUCCUCUAAAAGCUAUUAAAUUUCCAUCUCAUUUUGCAGUACUAAUCCGCAAACAAAAGUGAUUUAUUUAAAAAAUAAAAUAAUACCUUCAUUUUCAAAAAUCUCUGAUGUGAAUAUAAAAUAAAGUGUAUAGUUUGUGAAUUUGAUGUUUACAACAUAAAUUAAUGUACUUAAUACGUGUGUACUUAUUCUGGUAGUGGUCAACUGGUGAAAAUAACAAAAAUAUAUAUAAAUAGAAUGUUUUUGUAAUACUUUUUAAAAAAAUACACCAUACAACAUGGAUUCAAAAGUAGUGCUGAAAGAGAAAAAUCCUCAUGAUAACGCCAAUAUUUUAUCAAAAAUAUUUUUAUGGUGGAGCUUCAGACUUUUCAAAAGGGGCUACAAAAGUGGAUUAACGUUAGAUGAUCUAUGGCAAGCUCGUAGAGGUGAUCACUCUGGUCGCUUAGGCGAUCGGCUUGAGGAAGCAUGGAAUAAGGAAAUGGAAAAACAUCACACGAAAAAAGGCAAACCUUCUCUCACCAGAGCAAUUAUAAGUUGCUUCUGGGUCGAAUACAUGAUGUGUGGCUUAUUUGUAGGCCUGCUUUUUAUAAUUUUAUGGCCGAUGGUACCUUAUUGUCUAGCUUUAUUCAUAGAAUACUUUUCCGGAGAUAAAACUCCAGAAACGUAUAGGAAUGCUCAUAUUUAUAAUUUCGCAAUGAAUGUUUUGACGAUAAUUACCGCAUUGAUGUUGAACCACCUAACUUUAGCUCAAGGCUCUAUUGGGAUGAGAGUAAGAAUAGCUGCUUGUUCAAUGUUAUAUAGAAAGAUCUUGAAGCUAAACCGGAUCGGCUUAAGUAAAACAGAGCCGGGACAAGUAAUAAACUUAAUGUCGAACGAUGUUAACCGUUUCGAUAUAGCCGCUUUAUUUUUGAACUACAUUUGGGUUAUGCCAAUAGUGGUUCCAGUUGUUUCUUACCUAGUCUGGCAGCACAUCGGCUGGGCUACAUUGGCUGCCCUUACGGUCAUAUUCCUACAAACUGUAGUUGUUCAAGCAUAUUUAUCUAGUCGUCAAGGUGCUUUAAGAGGGAAGAUAGCAAAACGUACAGACGAAAGGGUUAAAGUUAUGAGUGAACUUGUUAAUGGGGUGCAAGUAAUAAAAAUGUAUGCAUGGGAAAAACCUUUCGAGAAACUGGUGGAUAAAUUGCGCAAAUAUGAAGUAAAGUUCAUAUUAAGGACGUCCUACAUUAAGGGCUUCUCGACAGCCCUCAGCGUGUUCACGGAGCGGUUCAUUCUCUUCGCAGCAGUCGUUGCCUUUGUGGUCGCAGGGGGUGAAAUACGUGCGGGCAUUACGUUUUCUCUCGUUCAAUAUUAUAAUUUGUUACAACUGGCUUGUAACAUAUUCUUUCCUAUGGCGCUGGCGUUUCUAGCUGAAUCUAAAGUGUCUAUAAGACGUCUUGAGGAAUUUUUGACUCUCGAAGAAUUGGAAAUAGACGAACCUAAAUCAAAUGGCAUAAUUGCUAAUAUUUUAAGCAAUGGAACAGACAAAGAGAAAGAAAAUACAAAUACGAAAUUGAAACCUACAGGCUUAGUCAUUUCGAAUGUGAACGCAAGCUGGCAAGCCAACCCCAUUGUACAUACGCUUAGGAAUAUAUCGCUAACGGCACAGCCCGGGGAGUUCAUUGGAGUUGCAGGCUUAGUUGGAUCAGGCAAAUCGUCUCUUCUACAAGUGAUUUUGGGAGAGCUGCAGCCGGCUCAUGGCAGCGUAUCUCUCGGCGGAGCGCGGCUGGCGUACGCGAGCCAAGAACCGUGGCUCUUUGUGGCCACCGUCAGGCAGAACAUACUAUUCGGUUUGCCUUACGACCGCAUGAGAUAUAAGAAGGUCGUGACGGCAUGCGCUCUCAUAAGGGAUUUCGAACAACUACCAUCAGGUGACGCGACGCUGGUUGGAGAACGCGGAAUUAGUCUUAGCGGAGGGCAGCGUGCACGUAUCGGACUCGCUCGAGCAUGUUACAGAAAUGCAGACAUUUAUCUCCUGGAUGAUCCGCUAUCAGCUGUUGACACGCAUGUCGGCAAACACUUAGUAUCUGAAUGCAUCAUGGGACUACUGCGGCACUCUACGAGAAUUCUUAUUACCCACCAGUUGCAUCACCUUAAGGCUGCGGACAAAGUUAUCAUAUUGCGGAAUGGCGAAAUUGAAACUCAAGGCAGUUUCGAAGAAGUGUCGAAGAGCCCAUUAUUCGAAGAACUGCUUGAAGAUGAAGAUCAACCCGCACCGCUGGAAGAGAAUCGCGUACAAGUUCGGCAACGGAGUAUUUCAGUCCAAUCUCGGACAAGCCACAGCACGACAGCGGAAGCCUCGCCAGAAAAGGAAGACGAACAACAGGAAAGCGCUGAAUUAAUAGAACAAGGGCGUGUAUCAGGGUCGGUAUACACGAAAUACUUCCGAGCGGGCGGGAACUGGUCCCUUCUAAUUUCUACCAUGAUAUCAAUCCUCCUAGCCCAAAUCAUCACAUCAGCUGGCGAUCUUUGGCUCACACACUGGAUGAAUGAUGUUGAACUGAGACGCGCAAGAGAUGAUCUCAUGGCUGACAUUGGUAGCGGCGAUUCAAAUUCUACGAGCAAUAGUUCGUUAAGUUACGAUGAUAUUCUGGAAACAAAUGUUACAUCACCUCUGGAUAACUUGGUAUCUACGAGCACCAUGAAUCCAAACCUAACAGUCAUCGGCACUAUGAUGAAGACAGCAAUAACGAUACAAAACAUUGCAUUAAACGAGGAACCCUUUGAUCACUCGUACUAUAUUUAUAUUUGGGCAAUCGCUAUUUUGGGAUGUAUCAUUCUGACGACCGGACGGUCCCUGCUGUUCCUCUGGGUGUGUAUGCGCAGUUCGAUUAAACUUCAUAAUCAGAUGUUUAGUAACAUCAUGUCUGCGACGAUGCGCUUCUUCGACACCAAUCCUUCAGGACGUAUCCUUAACAGGUUCUCUAAGGAUAUGGGAGUAGUUGAUGAGAUGUUACCUAAAAUGUACUUGGAUAGUAUACAGGUGUUCAUGGUGAUGUUCGGGAUAUUAGUAAUGGUUGCCAUUGUUAAUCCUUAUAUGCUGCUCACGACACUCUUCUGUGGUAUUUUCAUGUAUCUAUGGACUAUAAUUUACCUGUCCACAGCACAGGCUAUUAAAAGGAUCGAGGGCGUGUCGCGCAGUCCGGUAUUCUCGCACGUGUCGGCCACCAUGGCGGGGCUGGGCACGGUGCGCGCGUGCGGGGCGCAGGACUUGCUGCGCGCGCAAUUCGACGACAAGCAGGACGUACACACCGCGGCCUGGUACUUGACCCUCAUAACAAACACGGCAUUCUCGAUAUGGUUGAGUCUUAUCUCAGCAUUGUAUGUCGUGAUAGUCGCCUACACGUUCUUACUGCUAGAUGACGGUACGACUAAAUCCGGUAACGUUGGCCUCGCUAUCAGCCAAGGACUCAUAUUAGUAAACAUGGUGCAGUACGGCAUCAAGCAGACCACUGAAGUGAUAUCUCAGAUGACGAGUGUGGAGCGAGUCCUGCAGUUUACAAAGCUUCCUCAAGAGCAGACAGACGGUCCUUCGCCACCGAAGGAAUGGCCUCAACGCGCUCGUCUCGUAUUCAAAGAUCUCUAUCUUCGAUACGACAGGGAAGCGGAGCCAGUGCUUAAGAAUUUGAAUAUCGUCAUCGAAAGUGGAUGGAAGGUUGGUGUCGUCGGUCGAACUGGUGCAGGAAAAUCGUCGUUAAUAUCAGCUCUCUUCCGUUUAGCGCCGAUCGACGGGCAUGUUUACAUCGACGAUAUCGACACUGGGGAAAUAGCUCUCAAGGAACUACGAGCCAAGAUUUCCAUUAUUCCUCAAGAACCAGUGCUGUUUUCAGCGAGCCUGCGAUACAAUAUGGAUCCAUUCGACAAAUAUACCGAUGCUGAUAUUUGGAAAGCUUUGGAACAGGUGGAGCUGAAGCAGAGCGUGACGUCCCUGUCGUCGGAGGUGGAGGCGGGCGGCGCCAACUUCAGCGCGGGCCAGCGCCAGCUGCUGUGCCUCGCGCGCGCCGCGCUCGCGCGCAACCGCCUGCUCGUGCUCGACGAGGCCACCGCCAACGUCGACCCCAAUACGGACGCCUUAAUUCAAAAAUCGAUACGUAAACACUUCUCCGAAUGCACAGUUGUCACAGUAGCGCAUCGCCUACAUACCGUCGCGGACUCUGACCGUGUUGUUGUAAUGGAGGCGGGUCAGAUAGUAGAGUGUGGUCACCCUCACGAAUUGCUGCAAAAUGAAGAUGGACACUUUUUACAGAUGGUUAAACAGCUAGGUUCGGCCUCUGAACAGAGCUUACGCGAAUUGGCCCAUAAUGCUUAUCUACAACAUAUAAAAUAUGUUGACGCUGAUGACCAUCCUCUGUAACUAAGUAAAUUAUAAAACACUUAAGCAUCUGAAUGCUCCUUACCGGUUAAACUUAAGCUUGCAAUAAUGUGACUAAAUUAAGCUGAGUAAUUUGAAUGUUAAAAUUAAUUUCUGAUUGUGCCUUUUAAAAUGUUUUAUAAUAUUAGACAUAAAAAAUUUAAAAACCUUAUAUUGAACUGAAGCAAAAUAUUUUCCUACCUAGAAAAUAAAACAACUGUCCUAUUACAAAUACAGUAGUGGCCUGUUAAUGCUCUACAGCUAGGAAAUAGCCUUCUCUCCCAUUCAGAGCUUACUCCAAUCUGGGCAUUACACAUACUGUCUACAUAAAUCCAUAACCAUAUUCUAUAUUUUUAUACAAAAAUAUAUAGAAAAAUAGGAACAUUUUGCAAAGCUUUUAAAUGUUAAUGUGUAAUAUAAAUUAGCUUCUCUAUUAAAAAACAUGUAACACACUAUUUUUGUAUAUUUAUUUAUACUACUUAAUUAAGAUAAGUUUACAAUUAAACAUUUAGUGAGUUAUUUAUAUUAUAUUAGUACAUGUAGAAUGGACCAAAUAUAAUGUGUUAUUCGUCACAAAAUACAUAUACAAAGUACUUAAUAAAAAUGUCAGUGAAUUACUUAAACAAUUUUACCUGUUUAGUGUAUUUACAAUAACUACCUAUCUAUAUUUAUUUUUUACUACUUACAAGAAAGCAUACAACAUGCAUUUACAAUUAUAAUAGUGAUGGUUUUAUAUAAAAGAUUAGGAACAGACUCAACAUUGCCUUAGUCCGGAAACUAUGCCUUAAAAGCUAGAAAUGUGAUUCUUAAAGCUAGACAUAUAAUAUUUAAUAAUUGUCUGCUUCUGCAAGUGCUGUAUGCUAUUGCAUUACGCGCAGAAUAAUAUAUUUAUAAAAACUGCUUCACAAAUUAGGAGAAAUAUUUGUCUGGACAUAAUUGUAAACAGCAAGCAUAAUCAGCUAGAUGUGAAUAUGUGGCAACCCUGGUGACAAACAAAUAUUCAACUAUUAUUCAGAAAUACAUACAUUAGAAAAUCUGAAAACUGAUCGAAAGUGCUGAGGCAAACAGUCAAUGUUUAUAUAAAGGAUAUACAUAAAUGUUAUUAUCCCUAUAUAUAUAAAAAGAAAAGAAUUUUGAAUAUUUACUCUACAUAAUUUAUAUAUUAAGAAAGUGUGAUUAUGUUACUGUAAAUGUCUAUGACAAUAAGUAUAUUGUUUUAAUAAAAAUAUUAUUUUUA